AUGAAGAAUGGAAGCAUUUGCUUGAAGAUGUUCUGUAUGACGACGCUACCGUUGCUGCUGAAGCUUCAGUCCCAGCAUCACCCGCUCGCCUGCCAGCUGUCCAAUCCGACACAUCGCCAGCCGAAUACAUCGCCAGCCGAAUGCUCAGCCAGCACUCCUGCUAAGGCUCCGGCCAAGUCACCCGCUCCGUCUCCCGGCCAGUCUCCCGCCAAGCAACCUACCAAGUCUCACACUAAACCGCCAGCAAAGGCGCCUCCCCCCCCAAACGGUGGUGAGAACACCCCCAAAGAAGCGCGCAAGGAAGGUGGUUGCAUCGAGAACAUCGUCACCACAGCGAUCGCCACGUGUACCAGCACCGACACGUGUACAACCACUUCGGAGCACGCACCUAGUGGCUGA